AUGGAUGUGAAAGACCGAAAGCCAUACCGUUCUUUGACCAAACGUUGCGAUGCUGAACGGCGCUAUACCAGCUCCUCCGCGGAGAGCGAGGACAGCAAAAUCCCGCAGAAGUCGUACAGUUCCAGCGAGACUCUGAAAGCCUAUGACCAGGAUUCCAGAAUGAUCUACGGCAGUCGGGUUAAAGACAUGGUACCCCAAGAAGCAGAUGAGUACUGUCGAACAGGAACCAACUUUUCUUUACAAGAACUGGGCUUUGAAGAUGUCUCUCCACCCCAUGGGACUUUAUAUCGGACUGACUUAGGGCUGCCCCACGGCAGCUACUCCAUCAGUGCUGGCUCCGACGCCGAUACGGAAAUGGACGCCAUCAUGUCGCCAGAACACCCGGUGCGAUUGUGGGCACGCAGCACCAAGUCCGGGCGUAGUUCCUGUUUGUCCAGCAGGGCCAACUCCAACCUUACCUUGACCGACACAGAACACGACAACACAGAAACAG